AUGGCGAUGAAUUCUAAAAGCAUGGCGCAUGAUCCCGAGCCGCUGCCCAAAGUCGGCAUGCCAUUUCUGCACCGGCUCAAUUGCUUCCUACGUCUCUGGCUGCUGAAAUUUCUCGCCAACAUUUACUUCUUCUACCAGCGUCUGGUCCACUCGCCCGCACGAGGAUCCCAGCCGACGCUGGUCAAGCGCUACGCAUGCCGCGUUAUGCUGGAAACUCGCAUUUUCUAUCCGCACGAUUAUCGCGCCGGCGAGCAACUGCUACCCGUCUACCUUAACAUCCACGGCGGCGGAUUCGCCCUUUGCGAUGCGUCCGUCGAUGACGAGUUCUGCUCUUCCUGGGCCUCCCGCACAGGCAUGCUGGUUGUCAGCCUAGAUUAUCGCAAAGUUCCCCUGCAUCCUUUCCCCACAGCCACCGACGACUUGGCGGCGCAGGUGAAAGCCAUCCUAGGGGACAAAUCGCUCCCGAUCGACCAGUCGCGCGUCGUGGUAGGCGGAUUCAGCGCGGGUGGCAAUCUAGCGCUGUCGGUGGCCCAACUGCCCCCUCUCAAGGCGCUGGUACAAGCCGCUGUGAUCUACUACCCCAUCGUCGACUUCGGCCAUCCCCCCGACGAGAAGCUGGCAUCCAGGCCUUAUACCAACGGACCGAAAGACAACCUCGAAGAGGCCUCCUGGUGGCUCGAUUGGGGCUACGUGCGUGUGGGACAGAAUCGCCGCGAUCCUUUGCUAAGCCCGGAGUACGCCUGCAAGGAGGAUCUGCCGCGCUGGAUUUACGUGAUCGGCGCCCAGUGGGACAUGUUGCGACUGGAGUCGCAGGUUAUGAUCCAUCGCCUGGCUGGACUGGAGGACAGGGAGGAUCAGGAGGCACCGUUCGAAAAGGACACGUACAAGUGGACAUUGGCCAUGGGGCAAUCGCAUGGUUUCACACACAGCCGCGGACGCAAUCUAGUCAAAAGGGCCAAGAGACAGCAGGUGUGCGAUGAAAUCUACGGUGAGGCACAUGAGUGGUUGAAAAAGAGCGCGUUGCGCUAA